AUGGUGGAUGAAGAAGAAAACCCAAGAAGGGUUUGGGAUGGAGAAUGUCUGGGAAGAUUUGGUUUGUUAANUCGGGAUCCCCAGCAGCAGCAGAUUUUGGAUGCUCAACAAUUGGCUGCGGUGGCUGCCGCUGGGGAGCAGGAGAUGUUGAGGACUUAUGAGCAGCACCAACACCAGCAACAGGAUGAUUUAGUAAGGUAUAAUGGAGGGUUCGAUACCACAGGAGGGCCAGUGACUGCCACCGGCUUUACUCAAAUCACAGAUGAAGAUGCCAUGCCACCGCGGCCGCCAACUUUGGCCUUGGGUUCUUAUGAAAACAACCCUCUCCAUCAUAUUCAGCAGGAGGCACAGGAUCACUCACAUUCUCACCAGCUUCAGCUUCAAUCACAUGAGUUUUUCUUUCAGCAACAGCCACAAGAGAAUGCUUCAACUCAUCAUCUACAGCAGCUAAUUCAGUUGCAGCCUGAGGAACCACAGGCAUCACAACAGCAGCAGCAAAGAGCCAAGAGCGAAGAGGGCAGGAGCGUUAAUCCUUCAUGCUAAAAUGAAAUUCAUGUCAAAAAUAAACUGCCCUAUUUUCUUUAUUCUAUCCACAAAUAUUUCAUCCAGAAAAUUUUAUGGUAUACACAAGUAUACAUUGAAGCAAAAUAGAAAAGGAGAGUGAGGGGAGUCAAAUAAUGUUGCAUAGAAGAAGCCUAAGACCGUAAGCGAUCGGUUUUCUUUUCUUUCGAGUUUGAAGAAUUCAGUUUCUUGGACGUUGAAUGUUGCAUCGAAGAAGCCUAACAGCGUGAGUGAUCGAUAUUUUGAAUGUUGGAGCUACUUAUUCAUUUCAAUUGCAGUGUUCGCAAGGGCAUGCUUAGUACGAGUACUGAACAUGACUUGAGUAGAAUAGAUAGAUUGUUAACUUUUAUCCUUAAAACUUUUU